CAGUUUUUUUUUUUACGACAUCUGCUAAAAAUGAGUUCGUCGGGUGUACAUAAUGGAUGAUGGUGAAGUCUGUGCUGAUUGUGUUGUAAGUGAUAAGUCUCGAUCACAAUGUAUCUCACAUGGCACUUGAUACGUCUGUUAUAUUCGGUGCUGGCCACCUUCUUAGGACUUUUGCCUGUUUGGUUGUUAUUAUGCAUUUUAUAUCGUGUGACCAGAGGCUUUUCUAAAACGAACGGACGCAACAAGCGCUGCACCCCUGUUUCGACACUCGCUGUCCUAGGUUCAGGGGGUCACACAAUGGAGAUGAUACGCCUGUUGAGUGGACUCACUGAAAAAUAUUAUCCACGCCACUAUGUUGUUGCAAAUUCGGACAAGUUUAGCAAUACCAAGAUAGAAGAAUUUGAACAGAGGCGCUCGUUAUGUGCUGGAGGAGAUAAAGCUUAUAAAGUCUACCACAUUCCACGAAGUCGAGAAGUUGGACAGUCAUACUUUUCCUCCAUUUUCUCCACAAUUUAUUCUUGCUUCUGUUGCUUCCCCCUGGUUCGCAGGAUCCAUCCUGAUCUUAUCCUGUGUAAUGGCCCCGGAAUCUGUGUACCUAUUGUAUUUGUUGGACUUAUACUCAAGUAUCUCUUCCUGAUGGAUGUCACCAUAGUGUAUGUGGAAAGUGUCUGCCGUGUCAAAACUUUGUCUCUGUCAGCGCAACUGCUCUACCCUUUCAUUGACCACCUCCUGGUGCAGUGGCCACAGCUGAAGGAGCGAUACAGUGGCGCCGACUUUCUUGGACGGUUAAUCUAAUGUAGUGCAAUGGGACAAUAUCAUAACACUGCUACCAUCUCUACCAGUACCACUGUUUUACCACUGAGUCUCAUUCUAAACCCCAGCUUCUGAUAAUGAUCUCUCAACCAAUGGACUUGUAUUGCAACACCUUGUGUACACUUCUGCUACUGCCGCUGCUGUGCUCUUAACAACAUUGCCAUAAACUGGAGCAACACUACAAAAUAGUCUGCCAUACACUAGAGGUGCACUUUCAGUAACAGUGUCUUGCAAUAAAAUACCACUUUUGCUUUCAGUAAGUUUUGCCAUGCAUAAAUGGGGCCACUUCUAACAACAUUGGUAUCCACGAAAUGUGCAUUUCAAAUAACAUUACAGGUACAACACCAAUUGGUUCCAAGUCCUUUCUGGGUUACCUAUAUUUUUCUGAACCAAGGGUGAGUUUCACUAAAUUAAACAAACAUUAAAUUUAUUUGAAUAAUUAAAUGAAAUACAGGUACUUUGUACAUUAGUACCAAUGAUACAAGUUUGUUAGUAAUGUACUACGCAAGGUAUUUUGAAACGCUCACCCAGUAAACUGGCUUGUGUCCAUGGGAAUUUGAAGUUCUUGCUUGCAAAAUAGUGUGGAUUAUAAGAGAUUCAGGACCAUCAGUGUCCAGAAAGUUGGUGUUGUACCUGUAUCAUACACUAGAACAGUGCACCCGAAAAUAUUGAUAGACACUAGAAUAAUAUUACUGUCAAUAUUGCUGUACACUACAAGAAGACAUUCCAAAACAAUGGCCGCACACUAUAUGUACACUUCCCUAAAACAUUGAUGUACAGCAAAAUUGCACUAAAAACAACUGUGACACACACACACACACACACACACACACACACACACACACACACACACACACACACACACACACACACACACACACACACACAUACACACACACACACACACUCUCACACACACACGCACACACCAGACCUGGGCUGCAAACUCUGCUUUGGACUAGAGCUGCACUCCAAACUCUGCACUAAUCCCUGCUAAAUCCAACUCAACUCUGUCUAAGUGGAGCAAUGUUAGAUUUUAAUAGUUUCUCUCUAGUGUAUAACAUAGCAGAGUAUGUCUGUGUCUAUCUAUCAUUUGACAGAAAUAUAUAUAUGUGUGUAUGUAUGUAUCUGUCUCUCAUACAAAUAUAUAUUGCAUUGUUAAUAUAUAUAUGUGUGUGUGUGUAUGUGUGUGUAUAGAUGCACAUUAUGUGUGUAUAUACCUCACACACUUGUCAGUCUAGUAUCUCACCAUUAUUGUAGGGAGGUGCAACAGACUUAGAAAUUAUUUUCAGAUUUAUUGCUUACAAGCUUUAUACACACGCAUGUCACACAGAGUUUCAUCAUAUAACCAACAAAUGUAAUCAUUGCUACUGUUAUUGACUUACAAAUAGAGAAAACAUGAUAGUUUCUUUUAUAUAGUCACUUCCUAUUAUACUAAGUAACUAUGCCUAGAAUAUAGAUUUAUAUAUAGUACUAGUUGGUAUACUGUCUAGUUAACCUGCUCUUAGCAUUAUAUAUCUCAAAGUAUACAGUAUUAUAAAUUUAUUUUAGCCAGUCUUAUUGUAUACUUUGAUUAAUAUACCCACUAUUGACAAAUGUAAUGAGUGUGUAUUUUUCUGACUUAUGGAUUCUUAGCCAACUAUAUAUAAUAGUUAAUCUUGCCUUAUGAUAUACAUAUAACACUAGUUUAACUAGAUAUCCUCACCUCAUACUGUGUGUUUGUGUGUGUGUGUGUGUAUGUAUAUAUAUAUAUAUAUAUAUAUAUAUAUAUAUAUAAAAGUUCAUGGUUAACUCUGUGGUAAGUUGACACAAUGCAUAUUUUCUCCUUGCAUUCAAUAAAGAAAUAUUUUAACAUAACAAACUUAGAUGUUUCUAGACUACAACUAACCCCUUCUGUGAUGAUAUUACAAGGAUAAUCUUUUUCUCUAGAAACACUGAGAUUUGGUGGUUGGCUGUUCUGUUGUUUGGUCAUAAGUUUAUAAACAUAUUGUCACUGAAGUUUCAGCCACAGACCAUUAGUGAUCUUAAACCAACCACUCGUCGUUCAGAUGGUUAAAAGACUGAGAAGUGUAAAUUAUCACACUAACUCAUUUCAGAAAUUCUCUUACAGGUUCACUUUCCACUUACUUGUGUCUCAUUGGAAUCAAAAGUGUUGUUUUAAUCUGCAUGAUUGAAUUCUUAGGCUAGCUUACUUAAAUUUAAGAAUUUUAAUUUAUGAUUUUUCAGUUUUCAUGCUAGAAUCUCUCAGAGGCUGAUGAGUUAAUUAUUUUGAUGGUGACUAACAUAAAGCAGCCUCAGUUUACUAAAUCUUUCCAAAUUCUUGAUUAUUUUACCAAAUUAGUUGAAACGCAUAAGGAUUGGGUGUAUUUCCACAGAAAUCUGAUUACAAAAGUGUUAUCUGUCCUAAGUCUGUUAGGUUAUGUUCCAAAUUCUAGUUUAGCAUUGAAAAUUUGUUAGUUCUCUUAAUCUUUCCAGUCUCUCAGUUAUUUUCUAAAUUGAAACACAGAAGGAGUGUAUUUCAUAGAAAUCUGAUCACAAAAGUGUUGAUAUUGGAAUUUUGUCCCAAAAGAACUUUAAACUAUUAAUAUAGUUCUUCAGUAUAUGAACACACACACACACACACACACACAUUUAAGCUUGCUCUGAAAUAGUUUUGUGGUUACAGCUUCCACAGAGGGAACCUGUUCUCUUGUUAUUUACAGUGGCUUGAGUAGGGUUUAUUUUUAUUUUUAAUCCUUAUUACGAUUUGGAGUUGUUACAGAGAAAGAUUUCUAUAAAUAUUGGAUAUAUCCUGCAAUAUCUGGGAUAAAUUCUUUGAAUCAGUUGAUCUCAGACUCUUGCAAUGUUUUCAUAUUCUGGCAUAAAAAAUCUCUUGUUUCUAGGUUUUAUUUGCCAUUAUUCCAAAGGCCUCAUUUUCAGUGGCAAUAUAUUGCAAAUGAUAUUAUGACUACAUUAACAUUGAACUGAUUUUUUUUCUUUUUGAAUUUAUUUGCAAGGAAUCCAAACACUUAAUUUUCAAUGCUAAUAAAAAUUGGACUUUUCUUACAAAAUGA